GGGCACACACUGGAACCGGGCAUCUGAACGGGGCACACACCGGAACCGGGCACUGGAACCGGGCACCGGAACCGGGCACCGGGAACGGGCACCGGGCACACACUGGAACCGGGCACUGGAACCGGGCACCGGGCACCCGAACCUGGCACACACCGGAAGCGGGCACUGGAACAGGGAACCGGAACCGGGCACUAGAACCGGGCACCGGAACCGGGCACCGGGACCGGGCACACACCGGAACCGGGCACUAGAACCGGGCACCGGAACCGGGCACCGGGACCGGGCACACACCGGAACCGGGCACUAGAACCGGGCACCGGGCACACACCGGAACCGGGCACUGGAACCAGGCACACACCGGAACCGGGCACCGGAACCGGGCACCGGACACACACCGGAACCGGGCACCGGAACCAGACACGCGCCGGAACCGGACACACAGCCGGCUCAUCCAGGCCCGCCGAGGAGCGGUGCCGGUGCCACCCCUUUGGGCCGGUGCCGCCCCCGGGGCAGGGCUGUGCCGGUGUCCCCGCCGCGCGUGUGUCGCACCGGUGCGUGGGGCCCGGUCCCCGCCCUGCCGGUGCCGCCCCGCUGCGCACGGGGGUGGCGGGGACCGGAGCAUCCCUCUGCGCUUCCCACCGCAGCGCCCGCGGUACCGGCGCCGAACGGGCCCUUUAAGAGCGGCGGCGGCUGCGGCCCGUGCUCGUACCCGCUCCCGGCGGUGCCCGCGGCGGCCCCGCACCUGCCGGGUCAUUUCCUCCCAUGCUGGAUCCCCCUUGAUGCCACCCAGCCACUGGCCCUGUGACACUGCCCCAGCCUCGCAGGGACACAGGGCUCGGGGGAUCCCGCUGGGGACCUGCCCUCAGCCACCGCCUUGUUUGCUCCUGCAAACAGCCAGGGAGGCUGCGCCCUUGCAGGCGGAGGCAAAGGCAGCUCCGGCCGCUGGCCCCAGGCUGGGGCGCAUGAGGUAGGAGGGACAUGGGGUACCCUGUGCAUGGCCCCAGUGGGGACCAGGGUGGUGGGAGGGUCUCCCCCAUGUCCCCUUUCUCUGGGUCUGGUGCUGCCCUGGUCAGGAGCAGAGCACGGUACAUAUGGUGGUGCUUGGGGUCCCUGCCUGUUCCCGGGGUGCUGCCUGGGGCCCCCGUGUGUGUCCCGCAGGGAUGGGCUUCCAGCGGAGCCACCGGCUGAACCUGCUGCGCCUCAUCGUGCUGCUCCUCGUGGCCUUGGCCGGCAUCAAGUUCCUGUUCCGUGACAGCUUUACCCUGGAGCUGCACAAGCACGUCAGCAAGGACAGCGGGUUCUGGGGGGACGCUGGGGACACCGUGGAGGACACCGGCCCCCAGAGCCAGGUCCUGGUGCUCCCUGUGGCCAAGAUAACAGCCCCGAGGCAGGAGCCUGGGCAGCAGCAGGUCACCAGGGACAUCAGUGCCACCGAGAUGAGGCUGGUCCACCUGGACCUCAAGGGAGCUGCGCCCCGGGUCUCCUACCUGGAGCAGGUGUUCCCGCUCCUGUCCCAGCUGGGAGCCAACGGCAUCCUCAUCGAGUACGAGGACAUGUUCCCCUUCAAAGGGGAGCUGGAAGUCCUCAAGUCCCCGUACGCGUACAGCGAGGAGGACAUCGAGCGGAUCCAGCAGCUGGCGGAGCAGCACAAGCUGGAGGUGGUUCCCCUGGUGCAGACCUUUGGGCACGUGGAGUUCAUCCUCAAGCACGAGAAGUACCAGCACCUGCGGGAGGUCGAGCGCUUCCCCAACAGCUUCAACCCGCACGUCCCCGACACCCUGGUCCUGCUCAAGAGCAUCUUGUCGCAGGUGAUUGAGAAGCACAGGCGCUCCACGUGGAUCCACAUCGGCGCGGAUGAGGUCUUCCACCUCGGGGAGGGGAUGGACUCCAAGAACUGGAUGAGCCGCAACAAGGGCGACACGGGGACCAUGUACCUGAACCACAUCAAGGAGGUGCUGGGCUUCAUCACCGCGCAGUACUGGGGGCUGCGGGCGCUCAUGUGGGAUGACAUGCUGCGGAAGAUCAGUGUGGGAGCCCUGCAGGAGUCUGGGAUAGCAAAGCACGUCUCGCCCGUGGUGUGGUUCUAUGCGCCUGACUUUGAGGCUGAGCAGAUCGUGCCGUUCCUCACCAAGUACGCGGAGAGCGGCUUCGAGGCCGUGUGGUUCGCCAGCGCCUUCAAGGGCACCACAGGACCAGCACAGGCCUGGCCCCCGCUGAGCUACCACCUGAGGAACCACCUGAGCUGGCUGCGGGUGAUGGAGGCGCUGCCCCGGCUGGCCCCGCUGCGCCUCCAGGGCAUCGUCCUCACGGGCUGGCAGAGGUACGAUCACUACUCGGUGCUCUGCGAGCUGCUGCCUGUUGGAAUCCCCUCGCUGGCCAUCUGCCUGCAGACUCUGGUGACCGGGGGCUUCAAAGAAGAGACAAAGAGGAAGGUCCUGGAUGUGCUGGGCUUUGAGAGCAUGCAGCUGGAGCAGAGCACAUGCGAGGGCAGGGGAACAUUCCCCGGAGCAGAGAUCUACCACAUGGUCGAGCAGGUCAAUGGCCACCUGAAGGAGAGCAUCCUUAAAGCCCUGGAGGAGGAGAGUGCCAUCAAGGGCUGGUUCAGCCCCUACCAUCGGAAGCACCAGUUUGGUAACCCCCGAAACAUGGAGAGCUUUGGCAGCAAGGUGCUCAAGCUUCACGAGGACUGGGAGAGCUUCAUCCGUGACCUGCGCACCCACUUGGAGGGGGUUUACUACCCCGACACGGUGGAGGAGUGGAUGGAGGAGAACGUGAACCUCUACCUGGACCAGCUGCGGGACCUGGUGCGGGACUACCGGGCCAUCAUCCGCCUCAAUGCCCGGCCCAAGGCCACGUAGGGACCACUGACCCCCCCCCCCCAGCUCCCGCUGUCCCCCCUGCGCUGGGCUUUGGGGCCACCGUUGUGUGUCUGCUGGUGCCUGCGCUGCUGCUGUGGUUGCACUGUACAGAGCUCCUCCUGCACAUCCCACCUCCACAAUAAAGUAUUUUCGUAGAUGC